AUGUUCCAACUUCACUCGGAAUUACAAUCUCCUACCAUUUGGCAGGAUCGAGACCCUCCAGACAAGAGCACCCUAGCUACCGGUCAGGAGGAGAGGACGAUCGGCAAAAGAGAAGCCUCAGCAGAACUCUCGAUAGGUCGAGAAGCGCAGAGGCAUAGCACCCGCCAACCAAUCGAUCCCCAGACAUCGAAACCCUUAUGCAACGACCUCUCUCAUGCCGAUCCUACUAUUCACCUCCUUAUUCAGAAGAUCAACUGGAUUGAGGAAGAACAAAACCAGACUUGGACACCAACUUGGGGAAAGUUAAAACAAACUUUCCUCAAUCAUUUUAUGAUACAAAUCGAUCGCCUUUACUUUGCCGAUGACCUUUACACCAUCCGGCAACAAGACGAUGAACCCUUAAGGGAGUAUGCAGCCAGGUUUAGCCACGAAUACUUGUGA